AGCCGGAGAGAGGGGACCCAGCUCUCCUCCGUGCCCGGCCACAGCAGGCGGGCGGCGCGGACCCCUCGCCCUGGCCGGUUCCCCACCAUGCUGGACGGGCUGAAGAUGGAAGAGAGUUUGCAGAGCGCCCUGGACCCCUCGGCUCCCUUCUCCUCCCUGCUGGGCAGAGCCGCGACCCCCAAGUCGGUGUGCGAAGGGUGCCAGCGGGUCAUUUCGGACCGGUUCCUGCUGCGCCUCAACGACAGCCUGUGGCAUGAGCAGUGUGUCCAGUGCGUGUCCUGCAAGGAGCCCCUGCAGACCACCUGCUUCUAUCGCGACAAGAAGCUCUACUGCAAGCUGGAUUACGAGAAUUAUUCCUGACCUGCUUAAAAGCCAGCCAAAUCAGGGUGGUGGCGGCGAUGGCACAUCCUCUUGCUCCUGGUGACUCUGCUUUUCCAUCAUUUGCC